GACAAACUUCAAAACUGUUAUUAUUUUCGUACAGAUAGUGUGGUGUGUAUCUAUGAACAUAGUAUAAGUUGGAUGUGGAAAGUAGAAGAUUUUGUACGUGAAACGUUAUUAAACGUUCAAAUCCAAAAUGACAUCCGUGGACUCCGGAAUUGAAACAAGUAAUAACUCCGACGAUAGUUCGAUUGCUCAAAAUGAAGAUAUAGUAACCGAAGAAAUUAGUAAUGAUUCAGCUUCUGCAAUGAUAACGAACAAUCAAAAUGAAGAAGAAGAGAUUAGACCGGGCAUUCUUCAUACGAAAUUUAGUUCAGAUUGGUCUCUUUGUUUGUCAAAUAGCAAUGUCCAAAAUUCCAUACCAACAAGUAGUUCAAGACCACGUUUCGAUGUAUCUUCUAAUAAUGUUUUAGAAAUUAAGUUUCCUUUGAGGUGUAAAUCUAAAACAGCAACAGCUAGAUCCUUUUUAGUAAAUAGAAAUGUUUAUUAUAGAAAAAUAAAAUUUGUCAGUGGAGCACGUAAAAAUCAUCAUCUUGUUCCUAUAUUUGAUGUUCAUACCCGUCUCAUUGAACACAGAAUGAGAAUUGCUGCGGCAACAAACAAUACUAUAAUGAUGAGAACUCUUUUAAAUUCUGGUGCUUCUCCUAAUACUUGUGAUGCACAAGGAAGAACUCCUCUUCAUCUUGCCUCUUGCAGAGGUUCUACAGAAAUGGUUCGUUUAUUAUUGGAACAUGGUGCAGAUCCAAAUCUUCGGGAUUCUGUAGGUAAUACACCAUUACAUUUAGCUGCUGUAACAAGUAAAAUAUCUGUGGUGACACUUCUUUUAAAUGCGGGAACGGACCCUCUAUGUUUGGACCAAUAUGGUUAUAAUCCAUUACAUUUAGCGCAGACAAAAUUAAAAUUAUUACAAAAUUGUGAAGGAGAAGCUAUAGUGAAAAUUAAAGAAGAAGUUCAGAAUAUAGUUAGUAUGUUGUUGGCAUAUUUGCAAAAGCACAAAGAUUCUCAUAAAAAAAUGGAAACUUUGAGCACUUUAUGUUCGCGUUUAUCUUUAUCAAACACAUCCAAUCAAGUUCAGGAUGAUGUAAAAGACUUAUUGGCUAACUUGGAUGCUUUAUCAAUAACACAAUAAUCUCAUAUUUACUUUAACAAAUUAUUAAUUUUAUAAAUAAAUUGAAUAUAAUAUGGAACUCAAGGAGGGAUCAAUAUAAAUUAAAUUUUUAGUUAUGUGAUAAUAACUUGAUUUUUUUUUUAAUUAUUCAAUUUAUAUUGAAAAGCAUUUCUUUUAAUUUAUAUAUGCGCGUGGGAUAGAGUUUCGAUGUACAGAAUCAUAACCUCAAUUGAUUAUAAGAGUGUUAAAUCCAUAAAGUAAAAUAUUGCGAAUUAAAAACUAUUAUAUCAAGUAUCGCUAUUUAUUUCUGUAUAUAAAUAUUCUUAAUAAUUUUACGAUCUUUACAUUCUGAUUCGAAUGACUAAAAAAUAUUUUUUUUCAUUUAUCGUUAAAUUAUAUUUUAUAUAAUCAAAUUGUUUAUUAAUUAGAUUUGACACUCUUUUCAAAAUAAUUCAUUAAAAAAUUUUUAACCAAAAAACAUUUAAAAAAUAAUUUCUACAGGUUAAAGAAUAAUCAACAUUGGAAUAAAAAUUUUCAAUUUCAUUUUGACCUCUAAUUGCUAUUGUUCCAUAUUUUAUUAGUAAGUAUUGUUUUGGUUGAAUGUAUUUACAAAAACUAAUGUAGAUUUCUUACAAAAAAUCAAAUAGUAAUUAUAUAUUAGUAAAUCAAAUGUAUUUAUAUGUUAGAAAGAUAAUUUAUAUAAAUUUUAGUUCAUUUUUUUAUUGUAUGCUAACACAAAAAGUAAUUCUUUUUACAUUAUUUAACAAGUUAAUUUAAAAAAAAUAUUAAGAAACUGUAAAGUACAAUUUUAAAAAUAUAUUAUAAAAUUUUACAAAUUAUGCUCUAAUGAAAAAAGUAUAUUUAUUUGGAAUCACUUUAAUGUUUUCUUAAAAUUAAACUAAUAUUUUAAAUUAUAUUUAUCAAAACCACAAAGCUGCAAAUAGAGUGUAAAAGUGAAAGCUAAAAUAUAUUUUAUUCUUUAUAGACUUAUUUAACUAAAUUUAUUUUUAUAGACUUCAAAAAUUUUGAAAGAAAAAAAUUUUAUUUUUUUUUUUUUAGUAAUUUCUUUUCUUGUGUUAGUAUUUUCUAUACAUAUUUUUAUUUAAAUUAAAUAUUUUAAACAUUUUAUUUUCAUACUGUUUAAAUUUUUACACAAUGCGAAACAAUAAAUAUUUAUAUAACAAAAAUAGAUGGCAAAUAUAUAAUAUAUAUUGUAUUUCCGUCCAAACUAAAUCUGAUUAAAAAAAUAUAAUAUUAUUAAAGUUUUAAAUAAAUAUUAUCACUUAAUGAAUAAAAUAUGUUUUUUAAAUAUAUUUUUUAAAACGAUAUUCUUAUUUACUUUCAUAAAAAAAAAUAGAAGGAACAUUGCAGUACAUUUCAAUACUUUCUCAAAAUAUGUAAAAUAUUGUGCAAUAUAUAUUCUAACUGUGGGAUCAUAUUCUAAAAUAACUUAGAGAUUUUAAUAGUACAAUUUUAAAUAUUGCAAGUAUUAUAUUGUCCUCUAUUUGCAGUCUUGAUAUUAAUUACAUAAUAAGAAUUAUAUAAAUAUGUAAAUCAGUGAAUAAAAUAUAUUAAGUUCAGAUUUUAAGUAAUUUGCCUCGCAUAUAUAUCUUUUAUAUCGACUUUUAACUGAAAAAAAAAAAAGAAAUAUUUAAUGUUUAAUAUUAAGAUUUUAUAUAAUUUCUAACGAAGUGUUCAUCUAUAAAUAAUAUUAAAAAUUAAUUAAAUGAAUUUCUGAAUAAUACACUAAUUUUUAUUCUUAUAUUUAUAUUAAUAAGAUAGAAAAAGUUGGUGUAAUUUUUCAAAUAUAUAUAAUGUAAUGGAUUUUAUCAGAUAUGCGCUAAAAAAUAAAAUUAAAAAUUCAAAUUAACAAAUAUCUAUAAUUUUUCAAAUAUACUUUUAAAAAUAAAAUUUUAGAUAUAUUAUAUCAGGUUUGCUACGAUAGAAAUACAAUUUAUGAUCGCGAUAUUUCUCUAAGAAUAGGAAAAAUAAUCGUGAAGGAUCAUAUUUGUAUUAACUAUCCAUAUAUAUUUAUAUAAACAUGUAAACAACUUAUGUAACUACUUUAUAUACGAACUGUAAAUACGUAAUUUUUUGUUAGCAGUACUUAUAGCAAGUUAAUAAAAAGAAAAGUAUCUUGUUUUAUAGGAA